CAUUUCCGACGUUGAGGUGUCGAUUCAUCCGCGGAUCCGACGCGGAAUCCAUAGAAAUGGAGAGACUCCUGUUAGAUUCUUCGCUGGAACUUCUACAGAUCUUCGCAGUUUGAUUGCCCUGAUGCUAGACUCUGAUCCGAGAAUUCGUCCAACAAGUCGAUAAUCCAUGCUACAAUUAAAGACCGGAAGUCGGAAAUUUGUGCUCAAUUUAUCAAUAAUUAGCAGCACACUCCCAUCCAAACUCCAGAGACGUCUAAAGUUUAUAUGGAAUCUCUCACCGGAGUGGCUGUUUGCCAAGCAUCUUAAGUUGUGGCUCCAUUCGAUUUUUCCGAUGAUGAAAAUCCGCCAAACGCUCAACGCCGGCAUUGAGCCCCAAUUGGAUGAACCGGAAAGCCCGCCGAAAAUGAACGACAUUAUUGAUUGGAAAACUUGGAAAACGAGAAACUGUGAAUCUCGUCGUAAUCCCAGUUUUUAUCGUCAUCGUCAAGUAGCCGGGACAGUUGCACCGAAAGCGCCUCUAAUUCAUCAUAAUCAUCACACUGGAGAUGGAUGCAAUUCCAAUUUGUGAAUAUAUCUCCGAAUGCGACUCACCGGGCAACAGUUAAAUUGACCAAAUCAGGAUAACGUGAUCGACGAGGCCCCACCACCAAACACGCCCACGUGGACUGUGCUAUUCGUCAACUGGACGAUUAUUCAUCACCGGCUUCAACGAUCACCGACUCCUGCCGCCUCGUGGCCUCGAAACGUGUGAGAGAACAACGGAGAAGCGGACAUACAUCGACCAACACGUCGUCAUCCGAUUAAUUUUCGAUUUUUCUUUUUUUUUCAAAUUUUAUUUUAUUUUUUAUAAAAUAAAAAUUUAUAUGAACUAUCAAUUGUUAUUAAUGAACCGCAAAUUUAAAAUAUAUGGCGAAUAA